CAGUGUCGCGACGCUCUCUUUGUCACUGAUCCCUACGUCGACCGCGAGAGUCUGAUCACCGCCAAAGGCGCUAGAGUUCCAGACACAUGCGAUUGGAUCAUAAACGAUGUGAAAUAUCGUGCCUGGCUAGAUGGCGGUAGUCAUGGCGAUAGCACCAAUGAGAAACGUCUGCUGUGGAUCUCAGGUGGGCCUGGUAAGGGCAAGACUAGUAUGCUCUCCAUCUUCCUUACUGAAGAGCUUGGGAAGCACGUAGCGCACCAAGAAAACACUGAUAUCCUAUUCUUUUUUUGUAGUGCGCAGAACAAGAAACAUAACACAGCUCUCGCUGUCCUACGUGGACUAUUGCACCAAAUUCUUACCAAGUGCCCACAGUUAGCUAAGCAUGCGCUGCGUCAUUUUGAGCCGCCCACAUUAUGA